CCACCGGAGGAGAAGAAGUACUAGUGGCGGUGUCGGGCGGGGGACACACUUCCGGUCUAGCCAGUGACUGAGAGCUCGGCGGCUCCGGCGCAGGAGGGAGGCACCGACAUGGACAGCCAAGGCAGGAAGGUGGUGGUGUGCGACAACGGGACGGGGUUUGUGAAAUGCGGAUAUGCCGGAUCCAACUUCCCAGAGCACAUCUUCCCGGCUCUGGUUGGGCGACCUGUUAUCCGUUCUACAGCCAAAGUGGGAAACAUUGAAAUCAAGAAUAAGAAAAAGAUGGACCUUAUGGUUGGCGAUGAAGCCAGCGAGUUACGGUCAAUGCUGGAAGUGAACUACCCCAUGGAAAAUGGGAUAGUGCGGAAUUGGGAUGACAUGAAGCACCUGUGGGACUACACAUUUGGGCCUGAAAAACUGAACAUAGACACCAAAGACUGUAAAAUCCUCCUAACAGAGCCACCGAUGAAUCCAACUAAAAACAGAGAGAAAAUUGUUGAGGUUAUGUUUGAGACCUACCAGUUUUCAGGUGUUUAUGUUGCUAUCCAGGCUGUUCUUACAUUGUAUGCACAAGGUCUGCUGACUGGCGUUGUUGUGGACUCUGGGGAUGGGGUCACUCACAUUUGCCCGGUUUACGAGGGUUUCUCUCUGCCUCACCUCACCAGGAGACUGGAUAUCGCUGGCAGGGAUAUCACCCGCUAUCUUAUCAAGUUACUCCUAUUGCGUGGAUAUGCUUUCAAUCACUCUGCAGAUUUUGAGACUGUUCGUAUGAUUAAGGAGAAGCUCUGCUAUGUUGGGUACAAUAUAGAGCAGGAGCAGAAAUUGGCAUUAGAGACCACAGUCCUUGUGGAAUCGUACACACUUCCAGACGGCAGAGUAAUUAAAGUAGGUGGGGAGCGGUUUGAAGCACCAGAAGCUCUGUUCCAGCCUCAUCUGAUCAACGUAGAAGGUGUCGGCGUUGCUGAGUUGCUGUUCAACACCAUCCAUGCAGCGGACAUUGAUACUCGGCCCGAGUUCUAUAAGCACAUUGUGCUGUCUGGUGGUUCCACCAUGUACCCUGGCCUGCCAUCUCGCCUGGAAAGAGAACUUAAGCAGCUCUACUUAGAACGAGUCCUAAAAGGGGAUGUCGAGAAGCUAUCGAAAUUUAAGAUUCGCAUUGAAGAUCCUCCCCGUCGUAAGCACAUGGUAUUCCUUGGGGGCGCAGUGUUAGCAGACAUUAUGAAAGACAAAGACAAUUUCUGGAUGACCCGACAGGAGUACCAGGAGAAGGGCGUGCGUGUGUUGGAGAAGCUUGGUGUGACUGUCCGAUAAACUUCCCUGCCAGCUCCCUCUGCUUCUCUAAAGCUUUCCUUUUUUCCCCCUUUAUUGCCAAUCUUUGAACUCAUUGAGCUACGUGACUUGGAAAGGCCCGUCUGUGCCCUCUUGACCUAAAAGGUCCAGUUUUGGGGUUUCUCUUUUUGUCCUAGUUUCCCGAGAGGUGGGUGAGGGCAACUUUGUUCAGCGUAUGUUAAUGUGGCUAAAUUUCUUUCAUUUGCCCAUUUCUUUACAACUGCAAAGCUAUAGCUACAGAGCUAAUCUGGCCCAUUGCCAAUUCCUAGUAGACAUUUGGCUAAACAAAACACAGUAGGCAUUUCCACACAUAGUAUGCUGCUUUAUGGAUGCUGGCUUUUUCUUCUGCUCACCGGGUGGUUUGGCUUUAGUACUAUACAGAACUCUCCAAUAAUCUUGUAGCACUGCAUCCUUAGGGUGGGAAACUUUGCACCCCAUGCUGCAACCACACACUGCCCUGGCCCCUUCCCUCUGCAGUACCAUACAAGUAUCUCUUUAUUUCGCUACCAACUAAGCUGGGAAUUUGCCAAUCCAGUUCUAUACAACAUUGUUUUUCUAUGUAUAAUUUUGGGAAUAUUUAUGGUGCAACUCCGUAGGUUAUACUGUAAAAUGGGUAGAGGUCCUAACUCCCUUCUUAUAAUUCAUUCCCAGGAACAAAUGAAACAAAAUGACGUUACAAACAUGUAUGUGAUCAUUUCUAAAUAUAGAGUAUUGUAUCUAUAUAUAAAAAGAACUUGUUAGUGUUUUUUCGUUUUGUUUUUCUAUUUGCUUGUGUCUUACACCCCUCCUCUGCGGUCAUCAUCAUGGCACCUAUGCGUCUGUUGGAGGCACAGUGACUACAAAUGCCUAUUAGCCAGUGCCAAUUCUGUUUCCAGUGACUCAAUAUCAUUUAUUAGAUCGUUAGAGCAAUGCCGUGAGUGCACAGGGUAAGGCCAUUUCUUAAAGUAAAAUAUUUGCUGUUAAGAAUAUAUAUAUAUAUAUAUAUAUAUAUAUAUAUAUAUAUAUAAUCUAGUAAGGUGAUAGUUUACAAAAAGUGUUCCUAAAUCGCACAUAGUGUUACGCUUUUAAGUAGUGAUAGCGAUGACAAUAUUUUGUUUCUGUGGUUGGUGCUUUUUUGCUUGCUGUAAUGUGUAAUCCCAUCCACUCUAAAAUUGAUUUAUUCUUACCAAUGGAGCAUAGAAAUGGAUAUAAUGAAGGCCUGCACAAAUAUUUUUCUUACAUUAAAGGCCAGUAACCUGUUGCAAAAAGUUGUUAGUGAACACCCCAAAUUUUUUUAAAUGCAUUUCGCCAUUUUAAAGUAGUUCCGUUCUAGUAAUCGUUACCAGCUCUAUAGCUAUAACAGGCACCGUAGAUGACUUCACUCGAAAAAUGGUUAUCUUUCUCUGAUCUAAAAAUUAUAACGCUGCUCCUUCCCAGUCUUACUAUGCAGAUGGUUAACGACAGGCUUUCACGUUCCCGGAUUUUUUAUUUAAUAUACCAGUUGAAGGGAAAUGUGGAUGGGAACAAUCUUUCUAGCAGUUCCUUCACGUUACAUUUACAGCUUCUAGAAAACAGGGCUUCUUAGGUUUCAUUGAAAUUUAUUUUUUGUUUCCAUGAUUUUUAUGUCAUUAAAUUUUAAAGGUAAUUUUUAAACUAAUUUGGAAUAAAUUGGUCAUUCUC